AGAAGUACCACACCCCCAGUUCAAAAAAUGACUCUUGCAACCCGUCAUGCCGAUUUCACUCGUGACAAACUCUGGAAAGAGAACGACCUGUGGCUCGACGAUUUCCGUGAUUGGCCUCUUGAUUGGCCAAAACCAAGGGACUUUUUCCACCGGUUCUCCCGUGACGUCGACAGUUGGUGGAAGGAUUGGCCAACCGAUUGGCCCCGUAUGGACGCCGUCAUGCCAAGAUUUUCCAGUCAACUUGAUCGCAUGGAUCGCAACUGGAGGAGUGAUCCAUACUGGAUGAAUCUCUACCCAAGAUGGGCUGAGCCAAUCUUCAAGGAGGGAAUUGACGUAAACUCCAAUGUGGUUAAUGAUGAUCGUAGAUUUGCCGUUGACAUGGAUUGCUAUCAAUUCCGUCCUGAAGAAAUUCAAGUGAAAACUCUUGAUGAUACUCUGAUGAUUGAGGGAAGACAUGAGGAUAUUCGUGAUAAAGAUAACUUCACCAAAAUGUACUUUGUCAGAAAGUACCAACUUCCAAGAGACGUAGACUUCAACUCGAUUCAAAGUAGUAUUGAUGCCAAAGGACGUCUUCAAGUUGAGGCUGGAAAAUUCAACAACAUGGCAUUGCAAGGUCGCGAGCGUAUGAUCCCAAUCGAAGGAGCCGGGCACCAUUCACCAAGAUUUGAAAAUGGAACACUCCGUUCGCAACGAGGACCAAACUCGCCAAUUCAUGUCCAGACUGAGCACGACGGGAGGAGCGUGUCUAGCAGAAGUGGAUCGCGAUUGAAUGAUAGUCCAGGAUCGAGAGACGUGUAUUCUUCUCAUUCUUACAGCUACCACCGCAGCGACUCUCGCAAUCGUCUCUCCCCAAAUGAUGUUAACAUCACUAGAAAUGACAACCGAACAUAUAGCCCAGUCACUCCUCGUAUCACAACAAGUGAGCGGACAGUAACACCGGAACAGCGGUCGCCGGGUCGAAAAGCGUUCGAAACCAUUCGAAACAAUUUUGAGCGAGGGUCAUAUAAUACUGCUGGAAAUGCAAAUCUUCACGAGGAGCGUUCAAGCUCUCGCGCUCAGUCUCAUCGCUCAGAAAGUCGCAAUGGAGGAUACCGGGUCGAGUCACCAGUGAGCACUACAACUGGAAUUCUUCGUAAUGGAAACUCGGACUCACCAAACUCAACUCAACGCGAGUACCGAUCAAUUCAAAUUCUCCGCAAGACAUAUUAAUUGGACCAAAAACCUUAUGCUUUUACUCAUACCCGUUCUCCUUCAAAACUUCACAAAAUUCUGCCUACAGCUUUUAAAACAAAACAAUAUAUUUUCUGAUGCUUCCAUAUACUCUAUUCACAGCUUUUCCACUUUCAAAUGUACACCUACUAUUAUACAUAAACAUUUAUGCUUUU